AACAUGUCAGCUUCCGCACCGUUGCCCUUAGCCAGCUCCCCAGAGAAGACAAAUGGAUCCAAGUUGAGCAGACUUCUCAUCGAUGGUGGAACAACAGUGUUGAGGAUCAUCUUUGAUGGCUAUCUCCCACCGGCAAGGCUGUCUGCUGGACUUAACGCCCACUCUUUUACCCUGAAUUCUCUCCUUGGGAAAAAGGUUCUGCGUGCAGCUCAGUGGGACAAACUAUUCCCACCUGAUGGAGCAGCACCAGACUCUCAGACGUUUGAUAUCACUCUCCUAUUUCUCCUUCUCACCAACAUUUGCGGACUAUCUCCUCCUCGCUCAGGGUGGCAUUCAAAGCCAUCUCCGGGUGACAACUCUCUUGAAGCAAAUCUUGCCCGUGUGAAGUUCUUCCGCAAUGAGUUGUAUGGCCACGUCACUAGCACUGGCAUUGACACGCCCACUUUCUCCUCACUAUGGAAAGAAAUUAGUGCUGCUCUGGUUGCUCUUGGGUUGGAUCAAAAGGAAAUCGAUAAACUGAAAGAAGAAAAGUGUGGCGCGGAAGAUUAUCUUGACGUUUUGGUUAAAUGGGUUCAAAGUGAAGAAGAAAUCAAAUCUUAUUUGACGAAACUGCGUCGAUCUCAGAGCACAACACAGCGUAGUAUUGAAGAGGUACGUCAAACCCAACUAGAAGAUCACAAAACGCAUCAAGAUAGCAGGUCCAUGAUAGGAGAAGUGCAUCGAUCUCAGAGCACAACACAGCAUCGUAUUGAAGAGGUACGUCAAACCCAACUAGAAGAUCACGAAAAGCUUCAGGAAAGCAUGUCAGUGCUAGGAAAAGUGCAUCAGACUCAGACGAAAAUGCAAAGCACCAUUCAGGGCGCUGCUAGAAGCCAAGACGAGCGUUUAGAAAGUUUGCAAACAGAUGUACAGGAAAUGAAGGUAGCCGUUGGAGAACUUAGCAAAGGAAGAAACUCAGGCAGCCAAGGAGAUGAGGUCCUGAGGAACCUCGUUAAGUCUGAAUUCAAAGGAGACAUCGAGUUUCACGUCCAACGUUUUCAAGAAGACACCCGUGAGUGGGUGUUUAGCAAAGUCGAAAACUGGUUAGACGACAGAAACUCUCAAAACCGGGUGAUGGUUAUAUGUGGAAACGCAGGAAUGGGGAAAUCUGUCAUUUCCGCCGUUGUUUGCAAGAAAAUGCAAGUGGCUGGCCGUCUAUGCGGAAGUCACUUCAUUCAACAUAACAACGUCCGUUACCGGAAGCCUCAGUUAAUGCUUCAAUCCUUGGCUUGUCAUAUGUGCCAUGCCCUGCCAGAGUUUAAGCUAGCUCUUGUAGAAAAGUUGACAAGAAAUACGGGUAAGGAUCUCAACGAUAUGGGGGUUGAGGAGUUAUUCGCCUUUCUCUUUAAAGAGCCUCUCAGCAGCGUAGAGGACCCUGGAAGGAACAUGCUAAUAGUUAUAGACGGCCUGGAUGAAAGUGAAUAUCACGAUCGGAAUGAGUUACUUGAGGUCAUUGCCGAUCACUUUUGCAAGCUUCCAAUGUGGAUUCGAUUUCUUGUCACAAGUCGACCCGAGAGGAACAUUGCAAAAAUAUUAAGACAUUUGCAACCGUUUCAGCUGGAAGCAGAGGAUGAGCAAAAUCAAAAUGACAUUAAGUGCUUCAUUGGAAAGAAAUUAGAAUGCAUACCAGAAGCAGAAAACACGAAUGACAUUGUGGAAUAUCUAGUUGAAAAGUCGGAAGGGCUCAUGUUGUAUGCUAACUUUCUUCUUUUAUACAUCGAAGAGAAUCCAUCAGUUCUUAAACAAGGAGACGAAAAGGGAAACUUACCGUUAGGAAUUUCUUCAGUAUACCAUCGCUAUUUCAAAAGGUUGGAGAGUGAGCUCAUGACUGAGCUCGGCAUCAAUGAAGAUUCUUUUUUGAAUUUCCUUUCUGCUCUUGCCGCAUCGAUAGAACCCUUGCCUAUCGACUUUGCUUCUCGACUGUUGCUUUCAAGUACUACCGCAAAAGUUAGUAAACGGAAACUUUUGAAAGCUAUAAACAGUGUUUCCUCACUUCUUCCCGUUCGAAGUGACCGUCUUUACAUUUUUCACAAGUCCAUUAAAGAUUGGUUAACAGAUGAAUGUUGUUACGGGGCGCAUGACUUCAUCGUUGACGAGAGAGAAGGCCAUCGUAUACUUUCAGAACUUUGUGCUGCUGAAUUUGACAUUCUGGUGCAAAAACGAGUAACGAAAUCUCUGAGUGACGCGCGGUUUAAUGACAAGACAAGGUAUGCCCUACAACAUGGUGUUCGACACAUGUUAGAGGUCGACGAGGAUACAAGAAGAGACGGCAUUGAGGACGUUGUGAGGAAGUAUGUGAUAAACCAAGAGCUUGUCUAUGCAAAGCUGUGUGUGAAUAAUACAGUGGCGACGGAAGAUAUUGUUUGUGUUCUAAACGAAGAGAGCUUCAACUCGUUGAGUGGAGAAACGAAAGGUUCCCUGGAGGAUUUGCUGUUCAUUCUGCGAAAGAACAGUUGGUCGCUGAUGGAGCAUCCGCAUGUUAUCUUACAGUCUAUGGUGAACGAGAGAAAAUCAGUGCUAUCUUCAGAAGCUAAGAACCUCUUGAGUGGGAAAUAUUAUGAAAUAUCGUAUAUGGAGCUGGUCAACAAGAAUCAACAACACUCAGUUGUGGAAGCUAAAUUUUUCUGUUCAUCGUAUGUGCUUUGUUUCGAUAUUUCACCAGACCAGGAUUAUAUGGUGUGUGAAUGUGCUAAUCAAGAGAUUCAGCUGUGGUCGCUGAAGACGAGUAAAAGACAUUGGAGAAAUCGUGUCUCAGAGAAGAAAAAUUGCUUCAAACCUCUUGAUUAUGAAGAACCUUACAGCAAUUUUGGCGAAUUUGAUUAUGAAGCAGAAACACUUUCCAUGACGGUUUCAUUUUAUCGAUCUGUUGCCUUUCAUCCAGAUGGAAAACAUAUAUUUCCUGGAAACCUAUCCACAGUUUAUACCAUUGACGGGAAACAGAAAGAGCUUUUCAGCACGAGUAAUUGUAGAUUUUCUGUGUGUACAUUAUUAGGGGACAACAUUGCGAUGCUUACAGACUGUCCAAACAAUUCCAAAUGCUUAGUCAUUUGGAGUCUAGAUACUGGGAAAGAAAUGUCUCGUAUCACCAGAAAUGAAGACAUUGUCUGUUUUCAGUGCUCUCCGGAUAAAAAUCUUCUGGCUGUCUCCCACUCCACAGGCUUACUAUGUCUGUUUGAUGUACAGAAUAGACUAACUGAGUUAGGAUCCAUAUCAGCAACUUCACCUUGGGGAUUUUUGACUUUCUCCAUGGAGAGUGAUGCUCUUGUUGGCCUGUGCAGAGACCCAUUUGGUCAGAUCCGUUUUCGCUGCAGAAUUACUGAUAAUGAAAUUUCCAAAAAAGUCUUAAGUGACUUAAGUGAAGAAGACGUUAGAUUCGUGCGGUUUCACCCCGACAUAUUCGAGCGACCAUUCCUCGUUGGAGAUGCCACAGGAAGUUUGACGUCGGCCUUGUCGAGAGUUAUUCCUUUCGGGGAAACCGGAUUGCUAAUGAGGUUAACAAGCGAACGUGCAUUAUUAAGUAGCCCAACUCUUCCACACGUGAGUUUGAUAAAUCUCGCUGAAAUUCAAAAAGCCGAAAUAAGGUCAGACACGCACGUUGGGAAUGUUGCUUUCUCUACUGAUGGUGAGAAUGUGUAUGUAGUGAGUCAGUGUCCACCAACAGUGACUGUAAGGGAAUAUUCAAGUUGCAUUCCAAAAGCAGAAAAAAACUACGAGACUUUCCCUUCGAUUUUACCUGUGAAAGAUGGUGUUAUUGUUUUGGACGAUACAGUUGAGUUUUGGGACGUUGAAUUGACGGAGUGUAAACGUCGGUGGGACAAGUUACAAGGGAUUAAGUUGCUACCUAUAUCAGAAGAACAAGUAGUUUGUUUGACCAAAGAUUACACCGUUGUUGUCCUAUCUAUCUCAGAUGGUCGUUCCAAGAUCAUUGGAAAUGUAAAAGGGAGGAAAAUCCUUGCGAUGAACAAAAAAUUCCAAAUGAUAACUUAUCAACCUACAGAGAAAUUCUGGUACUUUCCGGAGUACGCUGUUCACCUCUCAGACGCCUCGUUUUCAUCGUCUCACAAAAUUCUGUCGUUUUAUAUCGACGAUGAAGGCUGCCCACCAGCAGGCUUAUUUUCUCCCAAAGGAGAUCUCAUUGUUCUAUGGACCUCCGAUAUCGUAGAUAUCUUCAAUGCAACCUCAGGGAAACUACAGCUCAAGUUACCCGAACAGGGUGGUAUAGUGGAUCUUAAAUUUAUCACGAACCGAGUGUUGAUGGUCUGUUCAAGGGAGAAUGUUGGUAACUUUCUUCGAAUGUUCGAUGUAAAUUCAGGGGAUCAUUUGGCUACGUUAGAUAUUGAAGAACCUUUUUGUCUUGGCGUUUGCCUGAACAGUUUACGUGUUGCCGUGGGCCUGCGUGGUUCGGAUAUAAAGCUCAUCCAGGUACACCUUCCGAGAAGCAGACGACUUCCUCAUGAGUGAGAAGAUGCUGGCCUUGUUUGCACGAGCUAUGACGAAAUCUGGUGCGGUGCAGCUCAGAAAGACGAUUUACUGCAAUAUAAUGACGACUAUUUUUUUUCAGACUGCGCUUGUGCUCGGUAGAGGGUGCUUUAAUCUAGCCCAAAAAAACCAAAACUUCCAACCAAUUUACGCUCACCGUGCACAAUCAUUUACGCCUAAGAUUUACUGUGCUAUCUCUUGCGACUAAAACAUCUUUCUGAAUAUCUUGUAAAUAUAUGUUAUGCACUAUUUUUCACGUGUUUUGAACUCAUCAGUUACAAACCAUUUUAUUCUAUAUUGGAAUAGUUUUCGUUUGCAAGGAAUCUUCCUGAACGGUACUUCAGUAACAUUUAUAGUCAAGAACUUUAAUUAUUUCUUGUACAAAAUUGUUUUGUGUUCGUUAUUUCUGCUUUGAAGGUGUCAGUAUGCAAUUUAUGAGUUCGUUUCCUCAUGUAGAGAGCUUCCAUUGAUUCUUUCCAAUUUUGUUUGCUAAAGAACGAGGGUGAUACACACCAAGAACAUGGAAGCCUAAAAGUGAAACAGAAUUUUAUUUGUAAAGAUAAAUCGUAAUUUCCUUUUCUUUGAAAGAACGUUUUUUAACUCUGGAGUAAAGGAGUUACAGAAAAUGUACAAAAACUUCCGGAUCGGGAGAGCUUUUUAAACGCUGGAUUAAAAUAUUUGCAGAAAAUGCACCAAAACUUCCGGAUCGGGAGACACUCAGAGAAGUCUU